AUGCAUGAAAAACUAAUUGCUAUACAAAAAGCUAAUGUCGAAUAUGAGCUUUUGCCAUUUCAAUUUUUAUUGUUAACUAUUUGGGGAAUUUGGCACCCAAAAGAUUGGCCUGUUAGGCUAAAAAAUAUCAGUAAUAUCAUAUUCAUUGUCGUUUUUUGCUUAGAUAUAAUAAUUUGUUUUGAAAUGAGUAUUUAUCUCGUAUUGAGCAUUGGAACUAACGAUUUCAAAUUGGUUAAUAUAUUUUUUACGAGUGCCACAAUUACUGGAAUAUACAAAGCAAUAAAAACAAUGCAAAUUCGUGAAUCGUUUAGAACAAUAUUGUUGAAUUACUUUAAUUACGAACACCUUUGUUCGCUUAACACGAAAGAACGGAUGAUUCGUGAAAGUAACCAGGCGCAAAUAAGAAAAGUUACAGUUAUUUAUUCUGCAUCGAUGGCUGGGAUAUUUGCGUUAAAUGCUAUUGCACCUGCCCUUUCACAGCCUGACAGUACUAUGCAGCUACCAGUUGACGCUUGGUAUCCGUACUCAAUACAAAAAUCGUUGAACUAUUGGCUUACGUACUUUCAUCAAAUUAUUCUCGGCUCUUCGCUGAUUUGCGUGCACAUCGGUACAGACACUCUUUUCGUUGGACUGUUAUUGAAGCUAGUUUGUCAAAUAAAUAUAUUAAGAUAUCGGCUGCAGAGUUUAACUAGUUUGUGUAGCAAAAAUUUUGAACACUUUAAUGCCAUGGGACGUAAAUUUAUUUAUCGAUAUAUACAUCAUCAAAACGAAAUUUACGAAUUCAGCAAAGUUCUAAAUAAUAAAUUUCAAGCAGUACUUCUAAUUCAGGUAAUAACUUCGAUACCCAAUCUUUGCAUCAACGUGUAUACUUUAUCAAAAUAUUCAGGCAUUAUAAACAUGGAUUAUAUUUCAAUUUUUUUCAAUACAACUUCAUCUCUUAUUCAAUUGUUCAUAACUUGCUGGUAUGGAAAUGAAGUUCUUUUAAGCAGCUUACAAAUUAAAAAAUCAAUCUAUGAAAUGGACUGGACUAAACUUGAUGUUCCUACAAAAAAACUGCUUAUAGUGAUAAUGGCUAGAUCAUUAAGACCAAUUGCAUUUUCAGUUGCACACGUUAUUCCAAUGAACAUUGAAUCUUUCAUAAAAAUUAUAAAAAUAUCAAAUUCAGCAUUUAAUGUUCUCCAACAAACAUGA